GAGCACCCAGCCUCAGCUAUUAUCUGCUAUUAUGUGUCGCUAGAGACGCUUUUCUCAUUAUGGCGGCGCAACGUCCGGCUGGUAACGUCCCCCCUCCUCACUCCCGUAUGCUUACGGCAGAGCAUAAUCAAGCGGGUAGCAUACCCUUUCCGCAUCCCGCUCGCCCGCUCCCCGCGCACCAUCAAGCGGAAACCCUCCCUGCGAACUCCCCGCGCCCGCUAGUGCAUAACCCGCACCACUUGCGCCAAAGGGUCUCCUCCGCCUACCAACCCCCGCACCCCUCCGCCGCCGCGCAUGCUUCCACCCCCACGCACCUCUCCGCGCACGCACCCACCUCCGCGCACAGCUUCGCGUCCACGCACCUUCCCCCUGUGCACGCCUCCGGACCCCCGCUCCCCCGUCCCCCCGCUCUCCCCCAUCCCCCUGCGCCUCCCUCGAACCCCCCCGCGGGCCCAUCCGCCCCUCCCCUUGCGCCGCAGCCCGCUCAGCGGACGGCGCCACGUGGCGCGACGCAGCACGUGCCACGUGGCGUCGGGACAGGCGUGGGACGACAUGGCGGGGUGGAGGAAUGGAGAGUAGGGGGGUCGGGAGGAGGGCUAGGUGUGAAUGGUGGUAACCAGUCGCAGAUUCAGUCGCAUAACCAGUCGCAUAACCAGUCGCACAACCAGUCGCACAACCAGUCGCACAUUCAGUUGCAGUCGCAGCAGCAUCCGUUGCCGUUGUCGCAUUAUUCGUCGCAACACCAGUCGCAAUACCAUUCUCAUUACUCGCCGCAGCAGCAUCAGCAGCAUCAGCAACACCAGCAGCAGCAAUGGUCGCAGCAUCAAUUGCAGCAUCAGCAGGAGCAGUCACAGUACGCCUUGCACCAGCAGCAUCAGAUGCAGCAGCAGCGCCAAUCCCAGCACCUGCCGCAGCUUUCAUUCCAGCAGCAGCAGCAGCAGCAGCAGCAGCAGCAGCAGCAGCAGCAGCAGCAGCAGCAGCAGCAGCAGCAGCAGCAGCAGCAGCAGCAGCAGCAGCAGCAGCAGCAGCAGCAGCAGCAGCAGCAGCAGCAGCAGCAGCAGCAGCAGCAGCAGCAGCAGCAGCAGCAGCAGCAGCAGCAGCAGCAGCAGCAGCAGCAGCCAGCAGCACAGCAGCAGCAGCAGCAGCAGCAGCAGCAGCAGCAGCAGCAGCAGCAGCAGCAGCAGCAGCAGCAGCAGCAGCAGCAGCAGCAGCAGCAGCAGCAGCAGCAGCAGCAGCAGCAGCAGCAGCAGCAGCAGCAGCAGCAACAGCAGCAGCAGAACCACCACCAGCACCACCAGCAGCAUCAAUCCGAGCAGCAGCAGCACCGGCAGCAAUCCCAACACGCAUUAGAGCAGCAGCAGCAGCAGCAAUUGCAGCACGCAUUAGAGCAGCAGCAAUCAAAGCGGGAGCUGAAGCGCAAGUUAGACCAACUCACCUCGCUGGUGGAAGACUUGGAGCGGCAAUCAGCGGCGCUGAAUCAGCUAAGGGACGUGCGGAGGAGAGGCAGGGGAGGGGGAGGGAAGGAGCAGCAGCAGGGUCAUCACCACCAGCACCAGCAACACCAACACCAGCACCAACGCCAGCACCAGCCACAGCAGCAACAGCAGCAGCACACGCAAGAACGCACGCAAAAGCAGCAGCAGCAGCAAAACCAUCAGAACAACGAGCAGCAGCAGCAGCAAAACCAUCAGAACAACGAGCAGCAGCAGCAGCAGCAGGCACACGAGCAGCAUAUGGACGCUGUUAUUGCAGCAGCAGCCGCAGGGGGAGGGGGGGGAAUAGCCGGGGGAGUGGGGCUGGGGGGACUGGGGAUGGGGGGAGUGAAGCGGGCAGUGGGGGAGGAAAGGGGGCGGAUGUUGAGGAUAAGGGCAAAGAGAAUGGCUGAUAUGCUGCAACGAGCAGGCAACAUAGUGAAGCAGUUACUCAAGCACAGGUUUGGGUGGGUCUUUGCCGAGCCAGUGGACGCGGAAAGUUUAGGGCUGCCCGACUACCAUCAGAUCAUCAGUGAGCCAAUGGAUCUGGGCAGCAUUCGCUCUUGGCUCGUCCAAUCGCUGGCUGCCACGCGGGCUGACAAGGCAGGCGAGGAAAAAGGGGGAGGAGAGGCAAAAGCAGCAGCAGGUGGUGCUGCAGCAGGGGCAGGGGGGCUAGCAGAAGCUGCUGUUGAUGCUGCUGCUGGUGGUAGUGGUGGUUUGAGCCCCCCUCAUUAUAGUCACGUGAGCGAGGUGGCGAGGGAUGUGCGGCUGGUGUUUGCCAAUGCGAUGAAGUACAACGGACAGGGGUCUGAGGUCUAUCUCAUGGCUCAGGCUCUUGCAGAUCGAUUCGAGGAGAAGUGGCAAGCUGUGAUGAUGCCACGGCUGGUAGAGGAGGACAAGCGCCGCCACACGGAGGACGAGCAGCUGAAGGCGUUUGAGGCUCGAGUGAAGGGGGAAGCAGAGGAAGCGGCGAUGGAUGCCCGCGCACGGCAGAUAGCAGCCGAGACAUCGCAUGUGGACCAUCAGCUGGGGGAACUGCGAGACUCCAUCGCCCCCCUCUGCCGCCCUAUGACUGUGGAGGAGAUUCGGCGACUGGGCAGGGGCAUGCGGCGCUUAAAGCCCAACGCCAUGUCAAGACUGCUGGGUAUAAUAGAGGAGCAGGAGGAGAGGGAGCGAGUGAGGGAGGAGGAUAGGGAGAGAGAGAGGGAGGAGGAGAAGAGUGGGCGAGAGAGGGAGGAGAGCGAAAGGGAGAGUGAGCAGGAGAGGAGGGAUGGGCAGGUGUCAGGUGAUGCAAGUAUUGGAGGGGUGGGUGAUGCGGUGCUUAUGGGUGGGCUCAAAGGGGAGCCUCACGAGGGUGCAGCAGGUGGCAAUAAUACUGUUCAUGGCAGUGCUACUGUUCAUGGCAGUGCUACUGUUCAGGGAAGUGCUACUGUUCAUGGCAGUGCUACUGUUCAUGGCAGUGAUACUGUUCACAGGGGCGUGGGAGAAGGAGGGGCCGUGAAUGGCAGCAAGUUUGGUGAUGGUUCGAGAGGAAGCAACGGAGCGAAAGCCAAACAAGAAGCAGCAGCAGGAGCAGCAGCACCCCCACCACCAGGAGGAGCAACAGGAGAAGCAGUGGCAGCAGGUGUAGCUCCAGCAGCACAAGCAGAGGGGAGCGAGAGGGGAGGCCAAGCAGGGACGGCUGGCGAAGCAGUGAGAGCGGGAGUAGUGGGUGGAGAAGCAGUGAGAGUGGGAGGAGUGGGUAGAGGAGCAACACGAGCGGGGCGCGGUGCGCGGAGAGGAAGGGAGUACGAUUUCACUGUAGACUUGGAUGACCUGAACCCAGCAACGCAGUGGCGCCUGCUGCACUACGUCUCGUCCUCAAGAGCAUGAUCCAUGACACACCACUUGUUCUACAACAUAAAUGGGAACCUAAAAAACAAAAGAUUUCCUGUUUUUAUUUAAAGAUUUGAAAGCCUACUAGAGUACGUAAUGCACCCCCUUAUGUGGCACUCCUUUGAGUAAGUUUGUAAUAUCUAACA